GUCGGCGUUCAUUGCUGUUGCUUAGCUGCUGCGAUCGGUUCAGGUUCAACUGUUUCUCCUGUUUGCUGUGUGACCAGCCGUGCUAGAAAAGCCAAACUCCAAAACAAAGUUCUCAAUUGGAAAGCGCAGCUGGAGCUGAAUUUGUUUGGAAAAGUUCGUUGAGGGAAUUGCAUUGAGUAAGCGCAGAAAUGGCCGACGAAGCACAAGCACCACCAGCUGAGGGCGCACCACCAGCAGAGGGCGAGGCUGCACCACCAGCCGAUGGCGAGGCAGCACCAGCAGCCGAUGGCGAGGCCGCACCACCUGCCGAGCCCGCCGAGCCGAUCAAGCACAGCUACACCCUCUUCUAUUUCAACGUGAAGGCCCUCGCCGAGCCGUUGCGCUAUCUGUUCGCCUAUGGCGGCAUCGAGUACGAGGAUGUGCGCGUCACCCGCGACGAAUGGCCAGCCCUAAAGCCGACCAUGCCCAUGGGCCAGAUGCCGGUGCUGGAGGUGGAUGGCAAACGUGUGCAUCAGAGCAUCUCGAUGGCUCGUUUCCUGGCCAAGACAGUCGGCUUGUGCGGCGCCACGCCCUGGGAGGAUCUUCAGAUCGACAUUGUGGUUGAUACCAUCAAUGACUUCCGUCUAAAAAUUGCAGUCGUCUCGUACGAGCCCGAGGAUGAGAUCAAGGAGAAGAAGCUUGUCACCCUAAAUGCCGAGGUCAUUCCAUUCUAUCUGGAGAAACUGGAGCAGACCGUCAAGGACAACGACGGUCAUCUGGCUUUGAGCAAGCUCACCUGGGCCGAUGUUUACUUUGCCGGUAUCACCGACUACAUGAACUACAUGGUGAAGCGCGAUCUGCUGGAGCCAUAUCCUGCCCUGCGCGGCGUCGUCGAGGCCAUCAAUGCCCUGGAGCCCAUCAAGGCUUGGAUCGAGAAGCGUCCCGUUACCGAGGUCUAAAGUGAAGAGCUAACAAAUUAAAAAAAAA